GAAGUUCAGUCUCCCGGGACGUACUCGCAGGGAACCACCCGAAGAUACAUCGUCCAGAACAAUGAGCAGGAAGUUCAGUCUCCCGGGCCGUACUCGCAGGGAACCAUCCGAAGAUACAUCGUCCAGAACAAUGAGCAGGAGGUUCAGUCUCCCGGGCCAUACACACAGGGAACCGUUAGAAGAUACAUCGUGCAGAAUCCUGAGCAGGAAGUCCAGACGGGGACAGUCAGACGUUACAUCGUCCAGAACCCCGAACAGGAUGUCCAGCAGGAGACGGUUCGGAGGUACAUUGUACAGAAUCCUGAACAGUCGUACAUGAAAGGAGUCAAUUACAUGCCAGGGAACAGCGUCGUCGUAGAGAAGACCUACCAAAGACUGGACAAUGCCCCAAUGGACAGACAGGUGCAGCUGGUCCGCGGGAGCAAUGUGUCAUCUUCAUCAUCGUCAGUAAAUGAACAAGUGAUCGAGCAGAUUAAUCAGAGCAAAGUCUCCGUCCAAUCUACAGAGAAUGUGGUGACGGAGCAGAAAGUGUCGGUGCAGAACACCGAGCAGGUGAAGAGGAGGAACAGCUCCAUGUCGGGUCCGGAUCAGCUGGACGCUCGCUACUUCGGGGAAUUGCUGGCCGAACUGAGCCGUAAGAACAACGACCUGUACGGCUGCCUCAUGCAACACGUGGAGAAGAUCGGAGUCAGGAAACCAUCGGAUUCCGAGUACCAGGAAGACAUCGAAUCUCUGAUCCCCAAAGGCGUCUCUGAACUCACCAAGCAGCAAAUCCGCUACCUGCUGCAGAUGAGGCAAACCUCCGACAAAUCCAUGAAACUUGUUCUGGCCACUUUCAGCAGUCUGCGGGAGGAGCUGGGACACCUGCAGGACGAUCUGAAUAAAUUGGAGCUCGCCAAGAAAUCUCUGGAGAGAGAUCUGACCUUCAAGGACGACCAGAUAAAAGAAUACGAGACCAUGCUGGCCUCCCUGAGAGAGAAGAACCGCCAGCAGCAGCAAGAACUGAAGGAAAGUCAGAUGAAGCUGCGCAGCUUGGAGGAGACCAUCACAUCCCUGCGCAACGGCGACAGCGACAAAGAUUACCGACUGAAGGAGCUGGAGUACGCCAAGAACGCUCUGCAGCAAGAGAACAAAAAUCUGCGGGUUCAGGUCUCCGAAACCGUCUCCAACCCCAUGCUGCAGGCUAAGACCGAUGAGAUCACCCGGCACUACAAGGAGAUGAUAGAGAGCCUCCGAGGGGAAAAGGACAAGGAGAUCCGCACCCUAAGGACUCAGAUCUCCAAGUUCCAGCAUGAAGUGACGGUGAAGCAAGGAAGCAGCAGCGACCUGCAGCUGAAACUCUUAGAGCUGACGUCCUCCCUGGAGGAGAGGGACUCUCUAAUUAAGAGGCAGCAGGAGGAACUUCUCCGGCUGCGUACACAGAGAGAGUCGAAGAGCGUCACCCAGGAGAUCGUUACAAGGAACUACAGCACCCAGUACCCCAUCCUGAGGCUGCUGAAUGACUACAAGGAGACCCCGGGGUUAAAGGGAUCGCAGACGUUCGUCAUCGAGCGAAAAUCAAACAGCUGGAACUCGGUAAGAAUGAUGAGAAUCAUUGCCUACAGCACCCAGUACCCCAUCCUGAGGCUGCUGAAUGACUACAAGGAGACCCCGGGGUUAAAGGGAUCGCAGACGUUCGUCAUCGAGCGAAAAUCAAACAGCUGGAACUCGUCUAGGGGAGUCCACAAUGAUUUGGAAAUGAUGAUACAUGCGGAGCGACGGGGAGACGACGGUGGAACGACGGGGAGACGUCGGUGGAACGACGGGGAGACGUCCGGUGGAGCGACGGGGAGACGUCGGUGGAGCGACGGGGAGACGUCGGUGGAAUGA